UUUCCUCACGACAAGCUUCUCUCGACUCUUGUCUCUUCUCUCUCUUCUCCCCAUCUUCAAAAUAUAUAGUUCUCAUAUUCCUUGGAUAUAUCCUUCUUUGUAUCUCUUCUUCACAAACUUCUAUCUUUUGUGAUGAACUAAGAAAAAAUACUCCUAAUAAUUUAUUAACUUCUUGAGGAUCAGCUGAUCUGGUGUAUUCAAGAACCCCCACUCGAAAUCAGAACUUCUGUUUGUUGUUUCCCAGAGAUUAUCUUAGAAAGUGGCCAAAAAAAGUCACUAAAAUGUUUUUUCCAUUUUUUUUCAGGAAACCACAAAUCAAAAAUCUUCUCAAUACACUCUUUUGUUUUUGACUACGUUCUCUCGAAAUUACCUUCAACAGAUUUAAGAAGAAUCGCUCACCAACCUGAGAUUCUUGGUUUGUUUCUUUUCUUUCAGGGGCGGGCAACGAGUGCGUCCACCAUGAAGAAGACCUAAGCUUAAUAAUUUGCCCUUGAAUAUCAACCGCAAAUGACGAGAACACCUAACAUCCGACGUGGCAUACUCGCCACCGUAACCGCCACGAUUCUCCUCUCGCUCUUCCCGCCAAAUAUCGUUGCGACCGUUGAGAAACAAGCUCUGUUCCGCUUCAAGAACCGUCUCAACGACCCUCACGACGUUCUCCGCUCAUGGAAACCCUCCGACUCUCCCUGCACCUUCCACGGCGUCACGUGCCACCCACUCUCCGGCGAAGUCACCGGCAUCACCUUAGAAAACGCGAACCUCUCCGGCUCCAUCUCCCCCGCGAUCUCCUCUCUCUCGAAGCUCUCCACUCUAUCUCUCCCCUUCAAUCUAAUCUCGGGCGUAAUCCCGCAGGAGAUACUCAACUGCACGAGCCUCAGAGUACUCAACCUCACCUCGAACCGUCUCUCCGGUGCGAUCCUGGACUUCUCCCCUCUGAAUAACCUCGAAGUCCUCGACGUCUCAGUGAACUUCCUCACGGGAGAGUUCCAGAGCUGGAUCGGGAACUUGACUCAGCUCCUCUCCCUCGGUCUAGGCAACAACAACUACGAACAAGGUGAGAUCCCCGAGAGCCUCAGCAAUUUAAAGAAGCUGACGUGGCUCUACUUAGCCCGAUCCAACUUAACCGGAACCGUUCCGGACUCCAUCUUCGGUCUAAACUAUCUCGACACUUUCGACAUCUCCAGAAACUCGAUCUCCGGUGAGUUCCCAGUCUCGAUCACGAGACUGGCGAACCUCACCAAAAUCGAGCUGUACGACAACAGACUCUCCGGCGAAAUCCCCCCGGAGAUCAGGAACCUGACUCGUCUCCGAGAGCUCGACGUCUCUCUGAAUCAGCUCAGCGGCGCGCUGCCUCGAGAGCUCGGAGCUCUCGAGGAGCUGAGAGUCUUCCACUGCCACCAAAACAACUUCACCGGAGACUUCCCUCCCGGUUUCGGAGAGAUGCGCUUCCUCUCUUCCUUAUCGAUCUACAGAAACAACUUCUCCGGUAUCUUUCCGGCGAACACCGGCCGGUUCUCGCCGUUGGACACGGUGGACAUAUCCGAGAACAUGUUCGCAGGUCCGUUCCCUCGUUUCCUAUGCCAAAACAAUAAGCUACAGUUCUUGCUCGCGUUACAGAACGAUUUCGCCGGCGAGAUUCCGGGGCCUUACGCCGGUUGCAAGUCUCUUAUGAGACUCAGGAUUAACCAGAACCGGUUUACCGGUCAAGUUCCCGAAGGCUUCUGGUCUCUGCCGCUAGCUAAGAUGAUCGAUCUCAGCGAUAACCGUCUCACUGGAGAGAUCUCUCCUCAGAUCGGACACUCGACGGAGCUGAGUCAGCUGAUAUUGCAGAACAACAGAUUCUCCGGCGAGAUUCCGAGGGAGAUAGAGAAACUGAGGAAUAUAGAGAGGAUUUAUCUGAGCAACAACAGUUUUUCCGGCGAGAUUCCGACAGAGCUUGGGGGUUUGAAACAGCUGUCUUCUCUCCAUCUUGAAAACAAUUCAUUAACAGGUUUUAUCCCAUUAGGGUUGACGAACUGCGUGAGGCUUGUUGAUCUGAAUCUCGCUGAGAACGCGUUGACCGGAGAGAUCCCUAAUGAUUUGUCUCAUAUCGGUUCUUUGAACUCGCUGGAUCUCUCAGGGAACAGGCUAACGGGGGAGAUACCGGUGAACCUAGUGAAGUUGAAGCUGAGUUUUAUAGAUUUGUCUGAGAAUCAGCUCACGGGAAGAAUACCACCGGAUCUUUUAGCGGUGGGAGGAGUCACCGCGUUCUCACGGAACGAGAAGCUUUGCGUGGACAACCAUGACGUCAAAGAAAGCGAGAAACAUGUGCUGAGCUUAUGUACUGAUGAUGACCGACACGUGCACAAGAACCGAUCACUAGACGGGACUCUCUUGUUCUUGUCUCUUGCGAUAGCCCUAGUGGUGCUAGUCACUGGUCUUUUCUCGUUGCGUUACAGAGUAGUGAAGAUACGUGAGGAAAAUAAAGAUGUAAACAAGGUGGAUGCGAAGUGGAAGAUCGCGUCUUUUCAUCAGAUGGAGCUUGACGCUGAGGAGAUUUGUAGAUUGGAGGAAGAUCAUGUGAUUGGAGCUGGAAGUGCGGGGAAAGUGUAUAGGGUUGAUCUGAAAAAAGGUGGUGGGACAGUGGCGGUUAAGUGGCUGAGGAGAGGAGGAGGAGGAGGAGAAGAAAGCAACGGAACAGAGGUCUCUGUUGCAGAAAUGGAGAUUCUUGGGAAAAUCAGACAUAGAAACGUGUUGAAGCUCUACGCUUGUCUUGUCGGAAGAGGUUCUAGUUACUUGGUGUUUGAGUUCAUGGAGAAUGGGAACUUAUAUCAAGCUCUUCGCCGGAGUAUUAAAGGUGGAUUACCUGAACUGGAUUGGCACAAGAGGUAUAAAAUCGCGGUAGGGGCGGCUAAAGGAAUCGCUUAUUUGCAUCAUGAUUGCUGUCCUCCGAUCAUUCACAGAGAUAUAAAGUCUAGUAAUAUUUUACUUGAUGGAGAUUAUGAGUCGAAAAUUGCGGAUUUUGGAGUUGCAAAAGUUGCUGACAAGGGAUAUGAAUGGAGCUGUGUUGCUGGAACUCAUGGCUAUAUGGCGCCCGAGCUGGCUUACUCCUUCAAGGCAACCGAGAAAAGUGAUGUGUACAGCUUUGGCGUGGUUCUUCUAGAGUUAGCUACCGGUCUUCGGCCAGUGGAAGACGAGUUUGGAGAGGGAAAAGACAUUGUUGACUAUGUCUUCUUUAAGAUUCAACAAGAUCGGAGGAACCUUGGAAAAGUCUUGGACAAGCAAGUUUUGUCAACUUAUGUAGAAGAAAGCAUGAUUAAGGUUCUGAAAAUGGGUCUUCUCUGUACUACAAAGCUCCCGAGUCUCAGACCAAGCAUGAGAGAUGUCGUGAGAAAGCUUGAGGACGCUGAUCCAUGCGUCUCCAAUUCUCUAGACAGAACCGGAAAGAUUACAGUAUAGGUUAAUGAGUUGGGUUAAGUUGAUUACCUGUUUUGGUGAGACUAGUUACAAAAGUGUCGGUUUGUUCACAACUACGAGAGACUAGUUUUUCGUAUCUGUUCAAUUUGCAGCGAAAAGUCGAGAGUUAUUUAUCCAGUAAACAUAAACAAUGCUAAAUAAAUACAAAAGUAUACUGUAAA